AUGUCAACUUGGAAGAUAGUCCUCAGAGACAGCGCUUCCUGCGUCCGAGCCUACAGGAGGCCUGGAAAUGAGACCAAGGAAACCAGCUGUACUGUUAAGGGAAUAACGUGGGUCUCCAGCCCCUCGCAGCCCCUCGCAGCGCUUCAGAUUGAUCCAGUCACCAUCAUGCACGAUGGCUCAUACACGUGUGAAAUAGCAACUCCUGGUGGGAAUUUCCACUGUCACUAUGACCUCCGAGUGCUAGUGCCCCCCGAGGUGAGGCUGGUUGGAACCGAGCCUGGAACUGCAGUGUGCCAGGCCCUUUCAGGGAAGCCGGCUGCCCAGAUCUCCUGGACCCCGGAGGGGAACUGCGACCCUGCGCAAGUCACUCGGGGCAACGGGACAGUGUCUGUCCGGAGUAAGUGCCGCUGGAAGGACAGCAACGUGUCUACUGUGAUCUGCUCUGUGUCCCACGUGACUGGGAACAGGAAUCUGUCCCUAGAACUACAUCCAGGUCUCAGAGUCGCGGAAUCUCUAGAAUUGACCUUAAGUGCCCUUCUUUUUGUGAAAUUCUUCCUUUUCUUGAUCCUUCUGGUCAUCGUGGGAUUUGUUUACUUUCAGAGAACAAAUGACUACAGGUACAAGCUGAAUUUUUCCUAA